UUCCCAGGCCGCCCGCCGCCGAAGCAGGUGAUUCCGGCGAGUUGGACCGAAAUUUCGGCGGUAAGGAGGCGGAUUUCGGCCGGUAUCCACCGGUAUCCACCGGAUCUCUGGGCCGGGAAGGCGCGGCGGUUUUCCGCCAACAUCCCGGGCGGAUUUCGGUGAAAUCCCGGCGGAAAACCGCCCCUUCGGGCCGGAUUUUUCCGCGGACACCGGAAAAAAAAGGUAUGAGAUGUUAUUUUGUGAUGGUGAAGCUUGUUGUUGUUGAUCUAAGUGAGUUAGUUUUGAUAAAUGAUGAACUUCAUACUAUUUUUGCAAUGGGGAAGCUAGGGUUAGAGGGAAUGUUAGGAUUUGUUAGUUGUUUUGAUAUUCUAGCGACAAUGUGAAAUGUAAUGUAUAGAAAAAAUUAUUCCAACCUUUUGGAUAUGAGUUGUAUUCAAUAUUACUGAUGAAAUUAAGAGCCGAUUGAUUCAUGUCACCUAGGUAGUAAGUGAUAUAGAAUAGUAUGUAACCAUAAAAGUAUUUAUAUAUAUGGACUUGCAUUAUGUUAUUAUAUGAUAUUCAUGAACUUACACCGUGCUAUUUUUCUGUAAUUGUAGGAUAAUGCCAGACGUAGUGUGGGAGCAUGGCCAAAAGGUCGGGGGUGGUUUCAAAUGCAAGUAUUGCAGGGAGGAGAAGGGUGGGGGAGGAGCAACACGGUUCAAAGAGCAUUUGGCACAUAGGGGGAAAGAUGUGAAGGACUGCCCUUCGGUUCCGACCGAAGUUAAGGAAUUCUUUAGGGAGCAGUUGGACAGGAAUAAGGUUAGAGCAAAAGCAAGGGCCCGAGAAAGAGUGCUGAGGGACCAAGCAGCAAGGGGGCGGCACACUGACCUAGAGGAGGAGGGUGGCCAGGGGCACGACGAGGAUGCAGAGCUACAGGCUGCCAUACACCAGUCCCGCCAAGAGUAUGACUUUAUGCAGCAAGCUGGGCCACGAUACGAGAGGGGUGGCGGAUCUGGAGCUGCUUCUGGAUCUAGAAGAGGUGGUGUUGGAGGCAGUGGUGGACCACAGCCUUCGAUGUUCAGAAGGAGUCAGUCACAAGUCCCCGAGAGGGUUAAAGACUACCACCUAGGUUUGAGCAGUGCUCCACGGCAGCAAAGGAUUGAUACCGGCCCAUGGACUGUCAAGGGGAGGACAUCAAGAGAGCUUCUAGGGAGGGCAUGGGCGAAGGCGUGCCAUGCUGUCGGUAUUCCCGGCCGGAAAGUCGAUGACCCAUACUUUAAAGCUGCGAUCGUGGAGACCCAGAAACAAGGUGUUGGAAUCAAAAUACCAUCAGGGAGGGAGAUAGAUGGAAAAUAUUUGGAUGAGAAUGUGAAGGAGAUAGAGAAAGAGAUAGAGAAGUGGAAGAACGAGUGGGAUGAAUGUGGAGUCACGAUCAUGUGUGAUUCGUGGACGGGGCCUAUGCGUAACUCGGUCAUUAAUUUCUUGGUGUAUAGCGGUGGCACCAUGUAUUUCUUGAAGUCCAUCAAUGCGUCCGACAAAAUACAGGACCAUCAAUACUUGUUGAAGGAGAUACGAGCAGUGGUCAUGAAAGUGGAGCCUCACAAUGUGGUUCAGCUUGUCACGGAUAAUGGUUCGAACUACAAAAAAGCCUGCAAAAUUCUCUGUCACGAGUUCCCUACCAUUGCAUGGCAGCCUUGCCUUGCCCAUACCAUCAACCUUAUGCUGAAGGACAUAGGGAAGUGGCCGGAGCAUGAUGCUUGUAUUCGAAGCGCGCAACGAAUUUGCAGCUGGCUCUACAACUCCAAUAAUUUACACAGCAUGAUGAGGGAAGCCAUCGGUGGAGAGUUGGUCAAGUGGAAUAUAACAAGAUUUGGGACCAACUACAUGUUCCUUGAAAGCAUGUAUAAGAAGAAGGACCAGUUCAUGACAUGGUUAGUGUCACCUGAGUUCCGACGGUCCCGCCACUUCAAAAGUGAAACUGGAAGGUACAUUUACGAAUGCAUCACAAGUCUUGAAUGGUGGGCGAAUAUGGAGUAUGUGAUCAAUGAUGUUGAGCCUCUGUACAUGUUUUUGAGAUUUGCUGACACAGACAAGACACCUAAUUUGAGUGAGGUGACAAUGGAGUAUCAAAACAUGAGGCAGACAUAUGCCAGCAAGUUCAGCAGUGACUACCCCCGGUGGUGA